AUGUCGAUGGGUGGUAUGUCAAUGGGCUCCAUGGGCCAUAUGCACAUGGGCGAUGGCGCCCCGGAUCUUUUCUACCUCCAGAAAAUGUACUGGGCGGUCGUAGGAAGCGCCAUUGCUGCCGGGGCUGUCGUGAACGGUUUAAAUCGCUUCCUUGCUUUUCAAAGACUUCGAGACUCGACGCUCACGCCGUCAAAACCAAAGUCUCUUUUUUUCAACACGUAUGCCACUUUGACGGCAAUUACCCGCGAGGCAAGCUACGCGACGCUGCCUCCGUGGUCACUCGGGGGCCGCACUAUUCAUUUUGCGCCACUGGGUCCCUUAUCUAUCAUUCUGGCCAACCUCGUCGUGGUGCUAGUCUUUUGCUUUUACAAACUCGACACCUUCGACCAAUGGAAAUGGGAGGAUGUCGGCUACCGGACAGGCUUUGUCGCUAUCGCCCAACUGCCCUUGAUCUUCCUGCUGGCGGGAAGACAAAACAUCAUCGGCUAUCUGGUAGGCAUGAGCUAUGAACGUCUGAACUGGUACCAUCGAUGGAUUUCCCGCACUCUCUGGCUCACGACCACGAUUCACAUGGGCUUCUGGUUUCGCAACUGGGGACGCUAUGACUAUGUCACCUACCAGCUGAAGAAUGACCCUCUGUCCCAGCGAGGAUUUGCCGCCUGGAUUAUCCUCACUUUUAUUGUUCUUUCCUCUGCCGCACCAGUCCGACGUUUGAGUUACGAAUUCUUCGUCCUUCAGCACCUGGUGACCUUUUGCGGAUUCAUCGCUGCCGUGUGGCUUCAUGCGCCCGAGGAAGUCAAGGUCUGGGUGUGGAUUCCUAUCGGAUUAUUGGUGUUCGACCGAGUUGUUCGUUACAUGUGGGCCACAUAUGCCAACCUGUCCAUCUUCCACCGAUCUAAGAAAGAGAAUGGGCAUGCGCUUUGGGCCAACCGUGCGACCUUCACGCCCUUGCCCGGGAACGUCACUCGCAUUACAAUUGAGAAUCCCGGGAUCCGAUGGAAACCUGGGCAGCAUGUUUUCCUAACUUGUCAUUCAGUGGCGCCACUGCAGAGCCACCCCUUCACUAUCGCGUCCAUUCCUGAAGACAGCAAGAUGGAAUUCCUCGUUCGGGCCGAGAAAGGCGGCACCCGACGAUUCUUCCGUUACGCUUCCAAACAUCACCAAAUCCUAGGCUCUACAGAUACUAAGCCAGAAACGCCACGCGCCGUUUUUCUCGAUGGCCCGUAUGGUGAAAUCAGGCCGCUCCGCCAGUUCGACAGUGUCGUAUUACUCGCAGGAGGGAUGGGAAUCACGUUUACGCUGCCAUUCCUGCGUGAUCUCAUUGCUGGAUGGAAAGCAGGGGGCGCUGACUCUGCAACGAGGAACCGCCAUUCCGUGACCAAGCGCAUUAGAUUUGUUUGGGUCAUCAAAUCACGGGCUCAACUGAGCUGGUUCGAAACACAGCUGCAGCCACUGCUCGCCGAUGCCGACAAUUGCCAAAGUACCCAGCCCGACCUGGUCCGGGAGCUUGAUUUAAGCAUUUACGUGACUUGUGAUGAGAAACUGGAGCCCCAGCCAGCAGUUGGACAAACGCAAUGCUCGCAGGUUCCGCCUGCACCCACAACCACCACCACCGUCAUCACCAAUGCUGAUUCGAAGGAGAAAUUCCCAGCCAGGACGGAGAAAAAGGACACAAUAUCGAUCAACUCCGUCUCGCAGUCCACAGACUCUGGCUGCCUCCCUGGCGGCGGAUGCUGCUGCACCACGGCCAUUGAGGACGAAGACGAGAUUACCGAGCACAAGUGCAACUGCUCCGGACAUGCUGCCCCAUCUGAGCCUAAACCUCAACCGUCAGAAAAGGACGAUGAGAUAGACAGCGACCCGGAGAAGCCCAAGACAGAGGUCAAAUAUAUCGAAUCCGACUCGAAGCAAAACGAUCCGCAGCAUGAGCUUAACGUGCUGUCUGGCCGUCCAAAGCCGCGCAAUAUCAUCCGCAAGGUCUUGGAGAAGGCGGAGGGCGAAAGCGCGGUGGUUGUGUGCGGACCCGAGGGGCUUUCUGAUGACGUUCGUCGCAGCGUCGUGUAUUUGAGUGACGAUCGGGCCGUGCAUAAGGGCACCGGAGCACAGGGCAUUUACAUGCACGUUGAAAAGUUUGGAUGGUGA